AUGGCAGCCGCCGGGCCGGGCCGGGCCAUGGCGGCGGCGGCGGCCGCGUUGUGCCUGGGCCGGGCCCCGCCGCCUCCCCCGCGGCCGCUCGUGGUGAUCCUGGGCGCUACCGGCACCGGGAAGUCGGCGCUGGCCGUGCAGCUGGGGCUGCGCCUGGGCGGGGAGAUCGUCAGCGCCGACUCCAUGCAGGUGUACAAGGGCCUGGACAUCAUCACAAACAAGGUUUCUCCCCAGGAACAGCGCCUCUGCAGGCACCACAUGAUCAGCUUUGUGGAUCCCCUUGUCUCCAACUACACGGUGGUGGAUUUCAGAGACAAAGCCGUGGCUCUGAUCGAAGAUAUCUUUGCCCGAGACAAGAUCCCGAUCGUUGUGGGAGGAACCAACUACUACAUCGAGUCCUUGCUCUGGAAGGUCCUCGUCAGCACCAAGGAGAAGGCCAGCCCGGCGCCCAGCCCGGCCCCCGACAGGAAAGUGGAGCUGGAGCAGCUGGACGGCGUGGAGCUCCACCGCCGCCUGACCCAGGUGGACCCCGAGAUGGCGGCCAAGCUGCACCCCCACGACAAGCGCAAAGUGGCCAGGAGCCUCCAAGUGUUUGAAGAGACAGGGAUCCCCCACAGUGAAAUCCUGCACCAGCAGCAGGAGGAGGAAGGUGGAGGACCCUUGGGGGGGCCCCUGAAAUACCCCAAUUCUUGUAUCUUGUGGCUUCAUGCAGAUCAGGCAGCUCUGGACCGGCGGCUGGAGCAGCGGGUGGACGACAUGCUGGCCGCAGGACUGCUGGAGGAGCUGCGGGACUUCCACCGCCGCUACAACCGACAGAAGGUGGCCGAAAACCGCCAAGAUUACCAGCACGGCAUCUUCCAGUCCAUCGGCUUCAAGGAGUUCCACGAGUACCUCGUCAGCGAAGGGAGCUGCUCGCCCGAGACCAGUGCCCUGCUGCUGCAAAGAGGGAUCCAGGCCCUGAAGCAGGUGACCAAGAGAUAUGCCCGGAGGCAGAACAAAUGGGUCCGAAACCGCUUCCUGAGACGUCCUGGCCCCAACGUGCCCCCGGUGUAUGGCCUGGAGGUGUCUGAUCAAUUGCGGUGGGAGGAGGAUGUGCUGAAACCUGCUCUGGAGAUCGUUGAGAGCUUCAUCCAGGGACGUGAGCCCCCGGCAGAGCCCGUAAAGAUGGAGUUCGACGCAAACGAGAACAAACGGCGUCAUCGCGUGUGCGAGCUCUGCGACAGGGUCAUCAUCGGGGACCGGGAGUGGGCAGCUCACACGCGCUCCAAAUCCCACCUGCACCAUCUGAAGAAGAGCAGGAAGCUGGAGGCUGCCAGCUGUGCCGCAGGGGGGGACGCUGGGGGCGCGGAGACCUCGGGCGAGGACCGCAGCGUGCCUGUGCCGCAGGCUUGCGGAGCAGCCGGCGCCGCGGAGCAGCCGCGCUUCCACCGGGACGGCGAGGAGGCACCGGGUCCCGGGUGGGCUCGGCCCGAACGAGCUGAGACACUGAUGGGGGACAAGGCGGGUGUGUGAGUGACAAAGUGACGACCAAAGGCUGUGUCCGAGCCUCUCACGUGGCCUUGUCCUGCCGUGUCACCGUGCUUCUGCACCUGGAAAGGGCAGGGCUGGGGGCAGGGCUGCAGGGAGCAUCCUCCCGUGCCGAGCGUUAGCUCCUGCCCGAAUUGCAGCGUUACCCUUGGGGUGGUCGAGCCUCUGCUGGCAUGCGGACGUGUUGUUCUCAGAGACAAACACCCUGCGCUCCUCCGGCUUGGCCACGAGCGCAGCUCAGGGGCUGAGUGAGUUCUUACUGCCUUUAUUGUGGAGAGGAUAUUUUUUUGCUUUUAUAUGGAAAUAAAGCCGCAGGAUUAUUGCGGGUUCCCCUGCCUAUUAAAAAGUUCAGCUUUCUUGCUCUCUAUUUUCAGCUGGCCCAGGUUCCCUGCUCCAGGUGAACACGGGGCAGGAUGUCCAGCCCUGGCCCCUUCUCCCAGCCACCUUUCCUGCAGCUCCUGAAGGAGCUGAGCAGAUGUUCUCAGCUCGGCGGAGGCCGGGCGCUCCGUAUGCACAUAGCAGGUGCAGAAAGAGCUGGCACCUGUUAAACAGGAACUUGGAAAUGAUCUCAUCGAGUUUGCAACAGAUGAGGCUGUCCUAGUUAAAGCUGAAUUCCCGGGGGUUUACACUGUGGUUUGGCAGUGGGAACUGGCCCUGCAUUUGAAUCCGAGUUGCUGAGCAGAAAAUUCCUUGUGGUGCGCGGCCGCGAGGCAGCGAGGCUGUCUCGGCGUUGUUCCUGGAGGAUGCGAGCGCCGUCGGCACCACCUCGCUCCCCAAGGGGCCGCUCUGGUGAAAGCCACGAGGGCCCUUUCCAGGACGUGUGGAAUUCUUCUGGCAGGUGCAAUCAAGGUGGUCCCUCCUGGGAGGGUUUUGGGGCGGGAGAGCAUGAAUUUUUCCUUCAGCUGCUCACGAAUCACCGUGUGGCAAGAGACCUCUCCCGGGGCUCAGCCCGCAAGGGAAGGGGCUGUGGGCAGAUCUGCUGCCGCGUUCUCUCUGGGGGUUAGGUUCAACCUCAGGCUCGUGUUCCCCAGCGCUGAAUUAUUUCCGUAAUGGGGCAGCUGCCUGGGACCACUUGAUACGUGUGUGUUGGCAGCUCGGACUGGAGGGGACUUUGAGUUUGCUUUUCUCUGCCAGCACUGUGCAGAGCCGGGCGCCAGCGUUGGGACACUGGGCACCACGUUGGUGUCGCUGGGUCUGUGCAGCGGCAGCUGAGCCUCUUCUCCAGCCCAGACUUGUUUGCCAUCCACGUGUGUGGACGUGGGCUCAGCCGGGCUCUGGAGCAGGCAGCAGAGGGGUCACAGCGAGGGACGUGGUGUGGAACCAUGUUCCUGUAACCUGCAUGGACAAGAUGCCCGUGGGGCUGGGUGCGAAGCCCCGUUCGCCGCUGAGACGUCUCCCCAGCCCCGGUGGGAUCGUGGAGGCAGCUCUGAGUGAGGGGGGGGGGGAUUAUCCGGCCUGUCUCCUGCACUCAGCCCACGGUGCUGUUAGGAGUGAAUUUAAUGUCCUUAAGUGGUUUAAUGUGAACUUGGUUAUCCCUGCAGAUAAAUGUUAUUCCCCCACCA